AUGUCGACCGAUCCGCAAACCCCGCUUACAGCGGGAUCAAUUCUCAACCUCGAUGUGCUCUUCAACAAUCCCGUUUUCGCCGGUGGCAUGGGCCUCGCCGGCCUUGGCGCCGCCGCCGCCUUUGGUCGCCGGGCUGCCAUCCGUGGUGCCGGAUUACUGAAACGUCAGAUGCUGGUCAAUGUCGAGAUCAGCAAGCGUGAUCCUUCCUAUAACUGGGUCCUUGCCUGGCUGGCGCUGCCGCGAGACAACACUGGCUUCAUCGCCCAGCGACUGACGCGGCUCCGCAACCUCUCCGUCUCUACCACCACCAAGUCUAUCACCCCCGGCAAGGACGAAGGGAGCUCGCACGCAGAUUUCCGCGUGCAACCCGGCUUUGGCCGCCACAUCAUCCGGCACAAACCCGGCGUGUAUAUCGCCGUGAACCGGGAGAAGGCGAGCACGACUCAGACGGCAACGGGCGAGCCGCACGAAACGCUGACCCUCACCCUCUUGUGGCCGCACCGACAUGUGCUGGGCGAGAUCUUUACCGAGGCGCACCAGAUGGCGCACCGCUUCCACGAAGGCAAGACGGUCGUCUACACGGCGAAGCGCAUGGAGUGGAUGCCAUUGGGCAAGCCCAGGCUCAAGCGGCCUCUUGGUAGCGUCAUUCUCGACAAGGGCGUUAAAGAGAGCAUCGUAGACGAUGUGAAGGAGUUCUUGGCGGCCCAGCAGUGGUACACCGACAGAGGCGUGCCCUACCGUCGUGGCUACCUUCUCUAUGGCCCGCCCGGUACAGGGAAAACGUCCUUUAUCCAGGCGCUCGCGGGCGAGUUGGAUUACAGCGUUGCCAUGAUCAACCUCAGCGAGGUCGGCAUCACGGAUGACUUGCUGGCUCACCUGUUGACCCAGCAGCCUGAGAAGAGCAUUUUGGUUCUGGAAGACGUCGACGCCGCGCUCGUCAACCGGAGACCGAGGGAUUCUGAUGGCUACAGCGGCGGCACAGUGACGUUUUCCGGUCUUCUCAAUGCCCUAGACGGUUUGGCUGCCGGCGAAAACCGGAUAGCCUUCCUCACCACCAACCACAUCGAUCGCUUGGACCCGGCCUUGAUCCGUCCUGGCCGUGUCGACAUGAUGAUGCGCAUUGGCGAGGCAACCAGGCACCAGGCUGCCGAGAUGUGGGAUCGCUACUAUGGUGACAUUGACGCGGACCAUUCCGGCCGCGAAAGGUUCCUCAACAGGCUAGAUGAGCUCGGACUCUUUGGCGAGAACAACCAGGACCCCGAUGCCCCCAAGAGACAUACCUCGACGGCGGCUAUCCAGGGUCUGUUCCAGUUCAACAAGAAUGAUAUGGAAGGCGCUAUUAAAAUGGCUGAAGGCUUGAUUCCCCGGACCUUUGUGGCCGAAAACCCUUCAAGUGAUGGCAGUAUGAAGUCUCCGGCAUGAACGAGGAUGGACGGCCUGGCACGAAAUCAUGUACGAAUAGCUGUAUAACAAGACAUUGUUAAAGAACAAAAAGAAUGAUACCCAUUAUAGCA